CCAUGGUGGCACACAACAGAGCACAGCGGCGGCGCUCCUGUCUGCACUUUUAGGCGCAUCCGAACGCAGCCAGAAUGUGUUUCCCCAGCGGCCGCGGCGCGGUGAGCCCCCGGGGGGGCCCGGCGGCCCGCUGCUGACCGACCACCGCGACCGACACCGGAUUCCUGCCCGCCGCCGCGACAAUGCUGAAGAGACCAGGGACGGCUGUGGUGAAGAAAGGGACACAACCCCCCCUCCCGAGGAAAUAAAGCCGUCCGACAGCUCCGGGCGAGGCGGACGUUCGCUCCCGGUGGAAGCCGCCGCCGCCGCCGCCGCAGCCGCGCGGCUGGCCCGGGAUCCAGGGCUCGGACAGCCCGAGGAGCCGCUCGCCGUCUGGCUCCGGCCGUGGCCUGGCUUCGGGCACUCCCAGCUUUAUCCGCUAGCAUCGGAGCUCAGCGGCUGGGAGAGACAAUAGGAGGACUCCUCCGGCCCGGCCCGGCCCGGACCCGCUCGCCCGGAUCUUUAUUCCAGAAGUGUCUGCGCUCCGGACGGCGUCUCCCUGAACAAUGGCGUCCUAUGUGGAUAACAGCUUUCGGCAGGCGGUCAUGAUGAAUCCGGCGGAGAGGACGCAACAGGACCUGGAGAUCGUCUACUCCUACCUUCACGGGAUGGAGGCCUUAUCCAACCUGCGAGAGCACCAGCUGAGGAUAAUGUGUGAGACGGUGCGCUACGAGCGACACGAGGCCAACGAAGUGCUGUACUACCCUGACGACAUAGGAAGCUGCUGGUACAUCCUGUUGUCCGGCUCCGUUUUCAUCAAGGAGUCCAUGUUUCUGCCCCGCAGCAGUUUCGGGAAGCGAUCAGCCGGCAGCCUGCGACGCGGAUGUGAGUGCAUCGUCCUCGAACCCUCAGAGAUGAUCGUGGUGGACUAUAUGGAUGAAAAUGAGGAGUACUUUCAGCGGCAAGCCUCGCACAGACAGUCCCGCCGGCGCUUCCGGAAGAUCAACCAGAAGGGGGAGAGGCAGACCAUCAUCGACACGGUGGAUCCGUACCCCACCGGGAAGCCGCCCAUCGCCCGCGGAUACCACACGGAAUGCACUAAACCCCAGCUCCCUGCAGACUUCAGCAGACUUCACCUGGCCGACGGCUUACACCCACAGGUGACCCACGUGUCGUCCAGCCACUCAGGAUGUAGCAUCACCAGCGACUCUGGGAGCAGCAGCCUGUCAGACAUUUACCAGGCCACGGAGAACGAACCGGGCGACAUGGACCUGAGUGGCCUGCCGGAGACCGCCGUGGACUCGGAGGAGGACGACGACGAGGAGGACAUCGAGCGGGCGUCCGACCCCCUCAUGAGCCGGGACAUCGUGCGGGACUGCCUGGAGAAGGACCCCAUGGACAGGACGGACGACGACAUCGAGCAGCUCCUGGAGUUCAUGCAUCAGCUGCCGGCGUUCGCCAACAUGACCAUGUCGGUGAGGCGGGAGCUGUGCGCCGUCAUGGUGUUCGCCGUGGUGGAGCGCGCCGGCACCAUCGUCCUGAACGACGGCGAGGAGCUGGACUCGUGGUCGGUGAUCCUGAACGGCUCGGUGGAGGUGACCUACCCCGACAGCCGCACGGAGAUCCUGUGCAUGGGGAACAGCUUCGGCGUGUCGCCCACCAUGGAGAAGGAGUACAUGAAGGGCGUGAUGAAGACCAAGGUGGACGACUGCCAGUUUGUUUGCAUAGCUCAGCAGGACUACUGCUGCAUCCUCAACCAGGUGGAGAAGAACAUGCAGAAGGUGGAGGAGGAAGGCGAGAUCGUGAUGGUGAAGGAGCACCGGGAGCUGGACCGCACCGGCACCAGGAAGGGACACAUCGUCAUCAAGGGCACGCCGGAGCGCCUCACCAUGCACCUGGUGGAGGAGCACUCCGUGGUGGACCCCACCUACAUCGAGGACUUCCUGCUGACCUACAGGACCUUCCUCUCCAGCCCCAUGGUCGUGGGCAAGAAGCUGCUGGAGUGGUUCCACGACCCCAGUCUCAGGGACAAGGUCACACGGGUAGUCUUGCUGUGGGUAAACAAUCACUUCAAUGACUUUGAGGGCGACCCCGCCAUGACUCACUUCCUGGAGGAGUUCGAAAACAAUCUGGAGAAAGAAGUAAGUUCAAAGAAAAUGUGUGGGCACCUCAGACUGUUAAACAUUGCGUGCGCUGCUAAGGCCAAGCCGCGGCUGGUGACGCUGACCAAGCCGUCCAGAGACUCCCCGCUGGCGUUCAGCCUCCUCGGCGGGCAGGAGAAAGGCUUCCGCAUCUUCAUCGACGCCGUGGAGCCGGGGAGCAAGGCAGCAGAAGUGGGCCUUAAGCGGGGAGAUCAGAUCUUGGAGGUCAACGGACAAAAUUUUGAGAAUGUCCAGCUCAGCAAAGCCAAUGAGAUUCUGAAGAACAACACCCACCUGUCCAUAACUGUGAAGACAAACCUUUUAGUGUUUAAAGAGCUGCUAACGAGGCCGGAGCACGAGCACGACCUGGACGGCGAGGACGAGCACGACCGCAAGAACGGGGCGCCGCACCUGCCCAAGAUCGGCGACAUCAAGAAGGCCAGCCGCUACUCCAUCCCGGACCUGGCGGUGGACGUGGAGCAGGUGAUGGGCCUGGAGAAGGUCAGCAAGAAGGCCAAGGCCAACUCGGUGGGCGGCCGCAACAAGCUGAAGAAGAUCUUCGACAAGACGCUCACCAGCAUCCUGCCGCCCAAACCGUACAAUGACGUGUGCGUGGGCCAAUCGCAGGAUGACAGCAUCGUGGGGAUGAAGCAGUCCAAACAGAUCCCCCCGGCCCUGCCGGUCAGCGGGAACCUGUCCUCGUCCAACCCCGACCUGCUGCAGUCGCACCACCGCAUCCUGGACUUCAACAACCAGCCCGACAUGUCGGACCAGGUGCUGCGAGUCUUCAAGGCGGACCAGCAGUCCCGCUACAUCAUGAUCGGGAAGGACACCACGGCCAAGGAGGUGGUGGUGCAGGCCAUCCGGGAGUUCGCCCUGACCGCCGCCGCGGAGGCGUACUCGCUGUGCGAGGUGUCCGUCACGCCGGAGGGCGUCAUCAAGCAGCGGCGCCUGCCGGACCAGCUGUCCAAGCUGGCCGACAGGAUUCAGCUGAGCGGCAGGUACUACCUGAAGAGCAACAUGGAGACGGAGACGCUGUGCUCGGACGAGGACGCCCAGGACCUGCUGCGGGAGGGCCAGAUCUCGCUCCUGCAGCUCAGCACGGUGGAGGUGGCCACGCAGCUCUCCAUGCGGGCCUUCGAGCUCUUCUGCGCCAUCGAGCCCACCGAGUACAUCGACGACCUGUUCAAGCUGCGCUCCAAGAGCGGCUCGGCCAGCCUGAAGCGCUUCGAGGAGGCCAUCAACCACGAGACCUUCUGGGUGGCCACCGAGGUGACGCGCGAGCCCAACCAGCUCAAGCGCAUGAAGACGGUCAAGCACUUCAUCAAGAUCGCGCUGCACUGCCGCGAGUGCAAGAACUUCAACUCCAUGUUCGCCAUCAUCAGCGGCCUGAACCUGGCCCCGGUGUCCCGGCUGAGGGGGACGUGGGAGAAGCUGCCCAGCAAGUACGAGAAGCUGUUCGGGGACCUGCAGGACCUCUUCGACCCCUCCAGGAACAUGGCCAAGUACAGGAACGUCCUGAACAAUCAGAACCUGCAGCCUCCCAUCAUCCCCCUCUUCCCCGUCAUCAAGAAGGACCUCACCUUCCUCCACGAAGGAAACGACUCCAAAGUGGACGGCCUGGUGAACUUUGAAAAGCUGAGGAUGAUUGCCAAAGAAAUCCGCCACGUCGGCCGCAUGGCGUCGGUCAACAUGGACCCGGCCCUCAUGUUCCGGACCAGGAAGAAGAAGUGGAGGAGUUUAGGGUCUUUAAGUCAGGGUAGUGCCAACGCGGCCGUGCUGGACGUCACGCAGUCGGGCGGGCACAAGAAGCGAGUGCGCCGCAGCUCCUUCCUGAACGCCAAAAAGCUUUACGAGGACGCGCAGAUGGCCCGGAAGGUCAAGCAGUACCUGUCCAACCUCAGCCUGGAGACCAACGAGGAGAGCCUGCAGACGCUGUCGCUGCAGUGCGAGCCCUCCAUCAGCACACUACCCAAGAACGCCGGCGGGAAGCGGCCGGACACGUCCCCGGUGGUGUCCCGGGCCGCCAGCCAGCAGCGCGGCCAGCUGGCCAAAGGAAGCCAGGCGCUGCAGGUCCCCGCCGUGGCGCUCUACCCCUCCCGCAAGAAGGUCCCCGUCAAGGACCUGCCGCCUUUCGGCACCAGCUCGCCGCAGUCCCUCAAGAAGAUCCUGUCCCUGUCCGAGGAGUCGGGCGAGCGGCAGCGCCGGCAGCCGGAGGACGCCAUGUCCAACGCCUCCUCGCAGCUGUCCUCCCCUCCCACCUCCCCCCAGAGCUCGCCCAAGAAGGGCUACAGCCGGAUGGGCGACGCCUACUCGGACUCGGGCCACAGCGAGAUCUCCUCUCGCUCCAGCCUGGUCAGCAACUCGUCCUUCGACAUGGCGCAUGAGGAGCGGCGGCUCCGUCACUCCGGAGCCGGCGACGCCCACGCCGGCGGGCCGCGGCUGGAGCGGCGAGCCACCACCGACCCGGACCAGUACAGCCUGGGGUCGUACUCCUCCAUGCAGGACUGCCGGGGGAUCUACGCCGGCUGCCCCACCGUCCUGUCGUCGCCCAGCUCGGAGGAGCUGACCCAGGACCAGGGCGACCGCGUGUCGCUGGACGCCGCCGACAGCGGCCGCGGCUCCUGGACGUCCUGCUCGUCCGGCUCGCACGACAACAUCCAGACCAUGCAGCAGGGCCGCAGCUGGGAGACGCUGGCCUUCGGCGGCGGCGGCGGCGGCGGCGCGGGGAGCCUCCCCCCGGGGGGGCCCGAGGCCCUGCUGGGGGGGCCGGCGGCGCUGUGGGCGGCGCAGGCCCGGGGCAGCUGGGCCUCCGCCAGCUCCUCGUCCUCCUCGGCGGCGUACUGGGGCGAGGACUCGGAGGGAGACACCGGCACCAUCAAGAGGAGGGGCGGGAAGGACGUGACCGCCGACCCCGAGACCAGCAGCAUCACCUCCACCGGGUCGGAGGACGCCAAGCAGCCGGGCCGGCCCACGCCGUCGCCCAUCACCGCCGGGGGGAAGGGGAUCCUCUCUCGGAAAGAGGGCCGUUACCGCGAGCCGCCGCCGACCCCGCCCGGCUACACCGCCCUGACCAUCUCCGACCUGGCGGACGGCCAGCACGCGGCCCCGGCAGGCCCCGCCCCCGCCGCUGUCACGUCCGCCGCCGCCGGCUCGCACACGGGGCGGCGGCCGCCGGACUACACCACGGCGCUGCAGCGCUCCCGCAUGGUCACCCAGUCCCCCGACUCCCAGCAGGCCAAGCAGCGGGCGGCCGGCCUCCACCCGGAGGCCGAGGAGGAGGAGGAGGGUGAGUCCUUGUCUUCCGCUCUAGUCGCUCUGAGGAAGCCGCUGGCUCCGCCCACAGCCGACACGCCCAGGCCCUGAGGGCGAGGGGUCAGGGUUCACCGGCAGGUAAAACUACGCUUCUAUCAGGUCAAACCCCCCCAACUGCACCUGGACCUGCAUGUGAACGGGAACACACACACACACACACACACACACACAGUGCCAGAACCCUCCGAUGCCUGAACACACACACACACACCUCCACCCUCCUGCACCGGCACGCACCCUGACCUCUGACCUCUGACCCCCGACCCGCCUGCACUCGCUCCCAUCAUGCUGCUCCACUCUGGCUGGUUUACAGAUCAGAGGUUGGAGUGUUGAUCAGCCUCACUGUUCAAAUCAUUCAUCCCGUUUCAAUCAGAAGCAGCGUUUUUCAGUCAGAUCGUCCCACAGACGCAUGUUCCUCCACACCAGCAUCCUCACUGUGUACUGUAGUGUGUGUGUGUGUGUGUGUGUGUGUGUGUGUGUGUGUGGUGUGGAGUGUGUGU